GCAACCAGCAACGCUCCCAACUCUUUCCUUUUCCCGUCUUGAGGUGCUUCUUCCAAAUUCUGUCAUUACAACACCUCCCUCCAGUUUCUUCUUCUCUCAGACACCCUCAUUGUUUUCCCUUUCUUCGAGAAGGCCGUUUCCCACAGUCAAUCGCUCAUCAAAGAUAUUUUCAAGAUGCCUGACCACCGCAUUGAGGUGUCACCCAACAACCGCGCCGGAUGCUCCGAUGGCGUGUGCAAGAAGGCCGCGGCCAAAUGCUUGAAGGGUUCCCUUCGCUUCGGCACAUGGACCAAGAUUAUGGAUCAUGAGUCCUUCAAGUGGAAGCAUUGGGGAUGUGUUUCUGGAGAGGUGAUGAAGCAUGUCCGGGAAGUUUGUGAAAAGAACGGACAGUUCGACUUUGACGCCUUUGACGGUUAUGCUGAGUUGAUCGACCACCCCGACCUUCAGCGGAAGAUUCGUAAGGCCAUAGAGCAGGGUCACAUUGCCGAUAAGGACUUCAAUGGUGAUCCCUGGAUGAACAAGCUCGGCCAGCGCGGCAUUCGCGGCAAGAAGCCCAAGGGCUGGGAUGAUGAUGAGGAGGAAGAUGAGGAAGAGGCCCCCGCCAAAGGCAAGAAGCGCGGUCGCAAGGCCGCCGAUGACGAGGAAGAGGAGAAGCCUAAAGCCAAGCGCACCAAGAAGGCCGCCGUCAAGCCUGAAGUCAAGGAUGAGGACGAGGAGGAAGAGAAGCCCAAGCCAAAGGCCAAGCGCGGCAAGGCCGCCGUCAAGGCCGAGGUCAAGGAUGAGGAAGCCAGCGAGGAAGAGGCGCCCAAGCCGAAGCGUGGUGCUCGUAAGUCCGCCGUCAAGAAGGAAGAAUCGGAUGCCGAGGAGGAGGCCCCCAAGCCUAAGCGUGGUCCCGCCAAGAAGGCCGCUGCGGCGAAGGUUAAGGUCGAGGAGAGCGAGGAGGGGGUCUCUGCUGCCGAGCCCGCGCCAGAGAUGACUCCCAAGUCUGAGGAAGAGGAGGAGGAGAAACCCGCGCUUAAGAGAGCCAAGGCGGCGCCCAAGGGUCGGAAGAAGGCUGCUCCAGCUGCUGAGGCGGAGAAGCCCAAGUCGACGCGGGCCAGCCGUUCCCGCAAGUAAAUCUUGCUCAUGCUAAGGGCAGACCUGGGCCAUUCUCCCAAGUCACCUUGUAUCAGAAGCUGUCUGCAUAGAUAUGUCGAACUGCUGUGGACUCGAUCGCCAGCAGAUGUCUUACUUCCCGUCUUGUCGUUUCAAAGUUUCUUCUUUCGACUUCAUACCCUACUGAUGAGGCUAAACCCAUACCCUACCCGCCUGAAAGCGAGGGUGCUGUACAUUACUCCAAUUUGCUUUGUCUUGUGUCGUCAAAAAAGUUGUUGAGGGUCUGAAAAGCAGUCUUCAUGAUGAUGUGGAAAGCCCAGGCCUAUCGGUGUCACAUAGGCGUCGAUGAAUAAGAUGUUGUAUAUUGCAAUCGCCUCCCUCUAUAGCUAGGUGUCCUGUGACUAUUCCUUAAGUGGCUCUCUGACCGGGCCCCGGCUUUUGGAAUUGGCCAAAGCCAGUAGAGGGUGAUUUCGAAAGAGACUCGAUUAGAAGCACAUAAAACAGCAGCAUGCCG